CGUACAUUAGAGCGUGUGAUUGGUGAUCCUGAAACUGAUGAACACCAGAAGAGAGUCUAUUACAAUGUGUUAGAACGUACAUACUACUUGCUCCGCAGUUUCACAGCUCAGACCUCUAAUCAGUACUUUGUUGCUGUGGAUGAAAAAGUACUGCUUGAAUGCAUCAAGUUCAUGGAAACAUUGUUGGAUAAGCCAGCUGGUCGGCUAGCAUUGGAUCAGUUCUUCAACCAGGAGACUGGACGUGACCUAGUUACUGUGCUGCUCUCAGUAGCGACUCCUCAAGGCUCUCUGUCAACACAGUACAGCACUAAAGUGCUGCAUUUUUUCAAUAAACUCUUUAGCACAGCUGAGAAGACACCAGGUGAUAGCAGUUUGGAGCAUCUGUGUGGGUCUUUAUCUAGACUUGCUACUGUAGAACCAGCAAUACUGCAGAAUUGGCUGCGUCAUGUUAUCCUUGGUGGUACAUCUCCAACUGCCAGUUUGCCAACACCAACAGCCACACUAGAGCCUGCUUCUCCACAACAGUCAGAAUCCUCAACCAAUGCAGCAACUCCUACUGGAAGUGCUUCUGCACCACCACCUCCGCCACUACCAGCUGCAGCAACAGCAGCAGUAAAUGGAAAAUCAGACACUGGUACUCAAAUAGCAAGUUCAGAGUCAAACAGUAGCAGUCACAGUCCUACUGAAGAGCACCAGGGUCUUUUACAAGAGAACCAUUUGUUGCUGCAGGGCCUCACAGCAUAUAUUGUUAAGGAGAAUAGCAAUGUGAAUGAGGAAGUGGCAGCUACAAUACUGCGUGCUCUGAUCCCAAUUGCUUCACACAUUCUUUCCCCUGCAGUUGAAGGAACUGGCUUUUCAGAGUUAAUGGUUGUUAUGGCUACACUUGCUGAUGCUGGUUUAGGCAAGGGUCACGUACAUCUAUUUUCAGCUGCUACAGAGUGGCUUGAACUUUGUAAGCAGUAUCUUACUCAGCCUCCUGUAGUUGAGAAAUUAAGAGCUGGAGUGAGUACUGGGAAGCACUGUCUUGUGCUGGACUCUGCCUGUUACCUGCUUAACUACAUUGGUGAUGUGGUAACUGCGCUUUGUCCGUCGCCUCCAGGUCGAGCUAUAUCUCCUCCAUGGGAAGGAGAGCUUCCACCAGAAUUAGAUUCUGACUGGACUGAUGAUUUAGGCCAUGAAGAUGAUGAGAGCGGAGGAGAGGAUUCGGAUGAGGACAGUCUGUGUAACAAGCUUUGUACUUUCACAAUAACACAGCGAGAAUUUAUGAACCAGCAUUGGUACCACUGUCAUACUUGCAAAAUGGUAGAUGGAGUUGGUGUAUGCACAGUGUGUGCUCGUGUGUGUCAUCGUGGACAUGAUAUAACUUAUGCCAAAUAUGGGAACUUCUUUUGUGAUUGUGGAGCCAAAGAUGAUGGCACUUGUCAGGCUCUUGUAAAACGAAGUUCUCAAAGCAGUGAGCAGCACAUCACCCAAGCAUUGUCUACCAAUACACAAGGAACAUUUGGUAUGGAGCAGAUGCUGCCAAGCUCUUUACGUCGUCGACCGUCAUCUCCAGUCAAUAUUGAUGCAAGUGAACGAGGCACACGGGACCAGCAGCGGCUUGCAACUUUAGCCAAACAACUUGAGAACUCAAGAGAGAUUCUGAUGAGCCAUAUCUCUGGAAGUUCAGUAAUUGCAUCACUUUUGGAUUUGGUUAAAAUACUGUUGCCUGCAGUGGAAGCAUCAUGCAAGCGCCAUAGUCCUGUUGGGUGUCACCAACGAGCACAGACAGCUUUGCGUGAAUUGCACACACUUGAGAAACGUUUUGAGAAUACUGACCAACUUAUGGUCCCAACGCUGGGUUCACAGGAAGGUGCAUUUGAGAAUGUUCGCAUGAAUUACUCAGGUGAUCAAGGCCAGACAAUUCGACAGUUACUUUCAGCUCACAUGAUUCGCAGGGUGGCUAUGUGUUGCCUGUCUUCUCCGCAUGGAAAAAGGCAACACCUUGCUGUGUCACAUGAAAAAGGAAAGAUUACAGUUCUGCAGCUGAGUGCUUUGCUGAAACAAGCAGACUCAUCCAAACGAAAGUUGACUUUAACUCGACUAGCCUCUGCACCAAUACCUUUCACUGUACUAUCCAUCACUGGCAAUCAGUGGAAUGAGGACUUCCUGGCUGUCUGUGGUCUUAAGGAUUGCCAUGUAUUGACAUUCAGUACUAGUGGGUCAGUGGCAGAUCAUUUGGUUUUACACCCACAAUUGGAAACGGGGAACUUCAUUAUCCGAGCCCUAUGGCUUCCAGGCUCACAGACGCAGCUUGCACUCGUUACAGCAGACUUUGUGAAGAUCUAUGAUUUGAGCUAUGAUGCUCUAAGUCCCCAGUACUUCUUCCUAGUGCCCAGUGGUAAGAUUCGAGACUGCACAUUUGUCUGCACAGAGGAUGCUAGCUCUCAUAUGUUAUUGAUGUCAUCUGCUGGCCACAUUUAUAGCCAGGCAAUGGAUGAAGAAAGCUCAGCAAAACAUGGACCCUUUUAUGUCACUAAUACACUUGAAGUUUAUCAUUCAGAAAUAAAAGAUGUGAAUGGACAGGUUGGUGGUGGUGGUGUCUCAAUCUAUUAUUCACAUGCUCUUCAGCUCCUGUUCUUCAGCUACAGCCAUGGAAAGAGUUUUAUAGCUCCACUUAAGUACAUGGACAGUGGGUUGCCUGCUGUCUUUAUGAUUAAUCUAGGAAAGGCUGGAGGCAAUGGAAAUAAGGCAAACAAUGCUCAGCCUCAGCCCUUGUGUCAGUGGAGCGAGGUACCAAAUCAUCCAGGACUUAUUUGCAGUGUCAUGCAGAGCAGCAACAAUCCAGUAAUUCUAAUGCUGAAGCCAGACACAGUGUUGAUUCAGGAAAUUAAGGUUGUACCUGCUAAAGCUAAGAUCAUGGACAUGGUAGCCAUCCGACACCCAUCCUCUAACACUGACCAACGCACUACUCUCAUCCUGCUGUGUGAAGAUGGCAGCCUGAGGAUCUAUAUGGCCGCAAUGGAACAGACAGGAUUUUGGCUGUCUCCAAAUAUACAGGCAGUCAGUACUAUGACAGCAAUGAAACCACUGAGGAAAAAGAAAGUAACUAAAACUGGAAAACCACCUGGAGUGGUGAGUUUUCCAAUAGAUUUUUUUGAACAUUGCCAAGCGAUGAAUGAAGUGGAGUUCGGAGGCAAUGACCUACUGCAAAUUUACAAUACACAGCAGAUCAAGCAUCGUCUCAAUACUACAGGGAUGUAUGUUGUGUCAACAAAGCCAGCAGGGUUCAGCAUUGAAAUAACAAAUCAAGACAGCUCAUUGGUGAUGACAGGAGUUCGUAUAAUGCUUGGUACCCAGGAUUCUCAGAGAGCACCUUCAUAUGUUGAAGUAUUUGGCCGUAGCAUUCAAACAAAUGUUGCACGGAAUCGUUGGUUUGACAUGCCAUUUACACGAGAAGAAAGUCUUCAAGCUGACAAGAAACUAAUUCUUACAUUUGGACCUUCAGAAGAUCCUGGAGUAGUCACCAUGGUAGAUUCUAUCAAAGUAUAUGGAAAGACAAAGGAUGCCUUUGGUUGGCCAGAGGAAACAGAAGAUAUUGCAAGUACAUCAGCUGCUGUGACCCAGACUUCUGCAGGAACGAGCACGGAGACUGACAAUGUGGCUGUUGCCCCAGUACAGCUUACUUCUCUGGAUAGAAUGAUAACUGGAGCUUUGGAAGUUAUGGAUGGAUAUUUCACGUUAUAUGGCAGUGCAGCAACUGACGAGAUAAAAGCAGCACAGCGGAUGGCCGCUGUGGAUGUGGCUACUAAACUCCUCACACUACCAACGCCCAUAUGUGUUCAGCUCCACACAAAAUGUCUUCUGGCAGCACUGCAUCCCACACGAUCAGCAUAUCACAGCUAUAAGGAUCAGUCACUUCUGAACCAUGUUCACCAGUCACUUGCUGCCUUGGCAGAAGUGCAGGAUCCAAGGGAUCUAGAUGCAGAGGCUUUCUACCGACUGGUUCUGACGGCUAGGGGUGUAGCAGUAUCAAGGCCGUAUAACUUGGCCAAAUUUGCAGAACAGCAGCAGGAUAAAACUCCAGUGAGUGAACAGGCACCAGCUGAAGUAUCUGAUGCUGACAGGAAAACAAAUCCAAACACCAAAAUAGAGUCCAUUGAAGGUGGUCAACAUCUGAUGUUACAAUUGAUGAAGGCAAUGUGGCUCUUGCAUCAGGCCCACCCAGCCAACAUGGCGCUGGCUCCAGUCUGUGUUCCAGGUUUGACACAUGUUGAAGCUACUGUCCAUGCUGUUGUUGAAAUUAUUCAUGCUUUUACAACAUGUGACAUGGAAGGUACAGUUGCAAUGGCAGCCAAGCUUUAUCUGGAUUUGCUUUUGUGUGAGGACAUCACUGUGAGUUUCAGUGCAAAGCAAGCUAUCAUCAGAGUACUACGUCCACGACUGAGACGUCGCAGGGUUUUAAUCCCCAGUCCUCCCCAUUGUAGCACUCCAGGUGGGGCAACAGAAUUGGAAUCUGAAAAGGGCCCAGUCUCUCAGCCUUCCCAGGAUUCAACAGAAGAGCAACAUUAUGAAGUAGACAGUGUGGAACCACUGGUGUUACUUGCUUCAGAUGCUGGUGGUGGUGGUGUGUCUGUGAAUGUGAAUCCUAUUGAGGCAUUGCUUGGUGCACCUGGAGCAUUCCCACCUCUGUUGGACAUCCCUCCUGAUGCUGAUGAUGAGACUAUGGUGGAACUAGCAAUAGCCCUCAGCCUGCAGGACCAUGAAGGUGGAGCAGACUUGCAGGUUUUACAACAGGGUUUGCAGCAAGGACUACAAGGAUUGUCCAAUCUUCAAGGACUUCAGAACCUCAGUGGUCAAGCAUUGCAGGGUUUGCAGGUGUUGGCAUCCCAAGGUCUUGCUCAAGUACAGAACCAAGCUCAGGCACAGGAAGCAGGUCACUACUCUGAUACAACUGCUUCAGCAGGUGGCUCUGAUGAUGAAGGUUCCACAGCAGCAACAGAUGGCAGCACACUGCGCACUUCUCCAGCAGAACAGGGAGGCAGUGCAGGUUCAGAAAGUGGUGGUAGUGGUGUAGACAGCAUUACGGGGGAACACAAUGUAUCAGGCCGUAGUUCAGCGUAUGGUGAUAACAUGCAAGAACCUCUAGUUGGUGCACGAAGUGAAACCAGUUCCCUGGGAGCACCUGCUGGCUUCCAGACUCAGGAUCCAGAUGGCCUGGAACCAGAACCUGAACAGGAACCUGAUACAGAGAACAGCUCAAAGCUUCACAGUUUACGACUUAUGAUGCUAGAGCGGCUUAAGCAGUAUGUGCCACAACUUAAGGAAGUUGGUGGUGUUAGAGCCAUUCCUUUCAUGCAGGUUGUUCUUAUGCUCACUUCUGACCUCGAUGGUGAGGAGGAAAAAGAUAGAGCAUGUCUUGAGAGUUUGCUUACAGCAAUUAUAAAUGACUUAUGCAUGAAGCAACCGGAUAUAAAUAAUAUCUGUGACCGCAACAAGCAGCGAGAGGUGCACCUUGUUAUCAUGAGGCUGCUCAGUGUAUUGAUGUCCCGCUCAAAGUCAAACACCAAAACAACUGGAGACAAUUCCAGUUUUGUGUCUCAAACCACAGCAAUCAUGUUGUUGCAGGCUGGUGUUAUUGAUUACUGUCUAACACUCUUAAAGGCUCUGCUGCAAUACUGGAAAAGUUCCACCGUGGAAGAGGCUGGUACUGUGAUUGGUGGUGCACUUUUGAAGUCACACAUGACAACUACACCACCUGAUAUGUCACCAUUCUUCUUGCGCCAGUAUGUCAAAGGUCAUGCCAGUGAUGUUUUUGAAGCAUAUCCACAACUGCUCACAGAAAUGGCACUCAGACUCCCAUACCAAGUGCAGAAGCAAGCUGAUAAUGCCACUGCAAUUCCACUUACAUUCCAACAGGUCUGGUAUUACUACUUGUGUGAGUACAUGAUGACACAUCAGACUCCAUUUGUUCGUCGACAAGUUCGUAAACUGCUUCUCUUUAUAUGUGGCAACAAAGACAAGUACAGACAACUGCGAGAUCUACAUGCUCUUGAAUCUCAUAUGAAGUGUGUUCGGACAUGUUGUCAGGCUGGUGGAUAUGACCCAGAGGUGCAGCAGCCACAUUAUAUUACAUUGCCAUAUGACUCGUUGGUAGAACUAAUAGAACAUCUGAAGGCCUGUGUUGAGGUAGCUACGAGUCGAACUGGGAACUGGCAACGUUUUUGUGUGCAUGAGGAAUCUGUGUUACCAUUUCUUCUUCAAGUGUCCUGCUUGCUAGAUGAAGGUGUUUCUCCAACCAUUCUGCAGCUCCUUCAGUGUGCGAUAUGUGGCACUAAGGCCAAUAGUAGUAGUACCAGUAAUUCACAGAUGGGGUCAGUUCCACCUCCAUCAUCUGCUGCUUCUGCAGUAACAAAUACUGGCACACCUGCACCAACACCUGUGUCUGCUGCCGCCGCUCCAUUUCCAGCAACAGCUCGCAAGGAUCGGGAGAAAUCUGAUGACUCAGAUACAGAAGCACGCUUUGAGGAAGCACAGUGCAUAACAUUGGUGUCUCAAAUAAACAAGCAGGUGUCACAUGAUCUCCUGGCUCGAUUUGUUAAAACUUUCCUUCUAGAGACAAAUGCCACCACCGUUCGCUGGCAUGCCCAUGCACUUGUACUUGCCAUAUACAAGAACUCACCUACUGCAGAUCAGGAGGCCAUAUUGGACCUGCUUUGGAAGCUGUGGCCUCAGCUUCCAGCAUAUGGACGUAAAGCUGCCCAGUUUGUUGAUCUGCUUGGUUAUUUCUCACUCAAAACGACACAGACUGGGAGGAAGAUGUGUGAAUACAUGGAACAAGCUGUAGCAGUGUUACGCAUGCAGAACCAACUGCUGGCUCAUCAUCCAAAUGCUAACCUGUACUCACACCUAGCGCAAUUUGUUGAGUUGGAUGGUUACUAUCUGGAGAGUGAACCUUGUCUUGUGUGCAACAAUCCAGAGGUGGCCUUGUCUAGUAUCAAAUUAUCUUCUGUCAAGAUUGACUCAAAAUUCACAACUACUACACAGAUAGUAAAGCUUGUUGGUAGUCAUACCAUUAGUAAGAUUACACUGCGCAUUGGUGACCUGAAACGCACCAAGAUGGUACGAACUAUCAACAUAUACUAUAACAACCGUAGUGUACAGGCAGUUGUGGAAUUAAAAAACAAACCAGCUAUGUGGCACAAGGCAAAGAAAGUGACUCUGGCUACUGGGCAAACAGAAGUAAAAAUGGAGUUCCCUUUGCCCAUUGUAGCAUGUAAUUUAAUGAUUGAAUAUGCUGACUUCUAUGAGAAUAUUCAAGCAUCUUCAGAGACUUUACAGUGCCCGCGCUGUUCUGCGUCUGUACCAGCCAAUCCUGGUGUUUGUGCUAAUUGUGGUGAAAAUGUGUUCCAGUGCCAUAAGUGUCGGGCAAUCAACUAUGAUGAAAAAGAUCCUUUCCUGUGCCAUGCUUGUGGUUUCUGUAAAUAUGCAAAAUUUGAUUAUACCUUAACGGGAAGAGCAUGUUGUGCUGUUGACCCCAUAGAGAGUGAUGAUGACCGCAAGAAAACUGUAGCCACCAUCAACUCUCUUCUGGAGAAAGCUGAUCGGGUCUAUAAGCAGCUUAUUGCCAACAAACCUACUCUUGAGUUGUUGCUACUUAAGAUCAGUGAGCACAGGCUGGAUCGAGCACUGGAGGAAGGUGUGCAGUCGGGUAAUACAACAGGCAGCACACAAGUUAAUCGUGCCAUCCAACUUCUGGCUCAGCGCUACUGUGGCGAAUGUAAGAGCUCAUUUGAAGAACUCAGCAAAAUCAUCCAGCGUGUCCUAGCAUGUCGGCGUGAAUUGGUGGCAUAUGAUCGCAACCAACGAGAUCAGAGUGUGGGUGGAUCAACAGGUUCAAUCAACAUGUUGUCUCUCUCAGAACCUCCACCAAUAGGACACUGUUAUGGAUGUGCUUCAGCUGCAACUGAACAUUGCCUAACUCUUUUGCGAGCUCUAGCUGCUAGUGCAGCUUCCAGACAGACCUUAUGUGCUCAAGGCCUCAUUGCAGAACUUUUGGACAACAACUUGCGGAGGGGAACUGUUCAGGUUCAAGAGGAGGUAAGACAGUUGCUGUGUGUGCUGACUCGUGAUAAUCCGAGAUCAACAGAAGACCUGCGGUCUCUGCUGAUGGAUCGCAUUGCUUUAACUCUGCGUGGUCAUGUGGCCAGCUCUGACCUGGCUUUUGCUGUGCGGCAUGAAAUGGCACUACUGGCUGCACUUGUACAGAAAGAAGAUUCGUGCUGGGAGCAGAAACUGAGGUGUGUAAUGCAGCUGUUCCUUAUGGCAUGUAAAGACUCCAAGUCUCCUGUGGUCAUGCAGUCAAUUAUCUUACCAUGCCUCAAGAUCCUGCAAAGCCUCAUCAAACCAGACCAACCUGUUUCCAAAAAGAACAAGGACAAGACAGUUGAUGCAUUGGCCACCAUCAGACCAACAGAAGGGGUGAGAGUCGAUGUAGCCAAAUGGUUACAAAGUGAUCCGAAACAUUCAUACAAAGUAUGGCGACAGCAUAUGCCUGCAAGAGGGCCUGACACACCUGUAACAAAACCUCUCAAGAAGGAAGAAGCAAGAGCUAUGUAUUUGAUGGAGAAAUAUGGUCAUCGCUGGCGUCAAAAGAGCCUAUGUGGCAUUAUACCUUUAAAAUUGACUGAUGCAGCCUGGUUAAAGCAGGUGCUUUUCAACCCAAGCUCUCGUCUUGCACGUCAAGUGGCUUGUAACAUGUUGGAAAGUUUGUGCCAAGUUCCUGUUCGCAAAAGAGAGGUGCUGGACCUUCUGACUGGUUUCUUGGGAGAACUGGGAAGUGCAGGAGAGAGUGCAGCUGAGUUCCUGUCUCUAUACCAAAGUCUGGUGCAGCCACCACCAUGGAAACAGUACCUAGCAGUACGUGGAGUACUGCUACACUUGGCAGAAUUGGUGACUCGGGAAAUACAAGAACUACAUCGCUUAGAAGAUACAACACUCACUUCUGACCUUGCUCAAGGAUAUGCACUGAAGAUGUUGACUGAACUGUUAGCAUCUUUCCUGGAACAAGAUAGCAUAAAACAGCAAUAUAAAGGUCGCUUAGUUGGUGCUGUCCUGAAUGGUUAUCUUUCUUUGCGACGUCUGGUGGUUCAGCGUACACGACUCAUUGAUGAUACCCAGGAAAAGUUACUAGAAUUGCUAGAAGAGAUGACGACAGGUACAGAACAGGAGACAAAGGCAUUCAUGGCUAUCUGCAUUGAGACGGUUCAGAAGUACAGCCCUCAGGAUGUACGCACUCCUGUGUUCAUAUUUGAAAGACUGUGUUCUAUAAUAUACCCAGAGGAAAAUGAUGUGGGUGAAUUCUUCCUCACUUUGGAGAAGGACCCACAGCAAGAAGACUUCUUGCAGGGCCGUAUGUUAGGAAAUCCAUACAGUAGUACCGAACCUGGAUUAGGUCCCCUCAUGCGAGAUGUGAAGAAUAAGAUCUGUCAAGACUGUGAACUGGUGGCACUGUUGGAAGAUGACAAUGGCAUGGAACUGCUUGUAAAUAAUAAAAUUAUCAGUCUGGACUUGCCAGUGCGAGAGGUGUUCAAGAAAGUAUGGGUUGCAGAAGGUGCUGAGGGUGAUGUCAUGCGUGUGGUUUACCGCAUGAGGGGUCUACUAGGAGAUGCCACUGAGGAGUUUGUGGAAACAUUAUAUGCCAAGAGUGAGCAGGAAGUGAAUAAUGAGGAGGUAUACAAAAUGGCCAAUGUGAUGGCUGACUGUGGAGGCCUGCAGAUCAUGCUGGAUCGAUUGUCUGCCAUCAAGGAUAUCAACCGUGCUCGACCACUACUCCAAGUUCUGCUGAAGUUGUUUAGAUUGUGUGUGAAAGUCCAGCGGAACCAGGAAGUCCUUACACAGCCUGAACUAGGUGCCAUUGGUAUCUUCCUGGGCAUUUUACAGGUGUGCCUUGCAGGAGAGACUGAUGCUUUACAAGCAGCCAUUACUGAGCAGUUACUUGAUAUCAUGGAAACAAUUCUUGCAAAGGCAGCAUCUCAGCCAUUAGAGUCCUUUUUGCAUUUCUCACAAACAUUUGGAGGCAGUGAACAUAUCAGAGCUCUCCUGACUUGUACCACAGCCCAAGGUGUACGCAGCAAUUCAGCUGUCCUCCUCCAUCUGUCACGUGUUUUAGCAGCAUUGACUUACGGAAAUGCUGAGAAGAUGGCACUUCUCUGUGAUCACUUUUCAUCUGUGACUGAUUUCAACAGAUUUGAUUUUGAGCAUUCCCUGGAGGAUGAGCACAAGCUAGAGCUUUUGUGCAUCUUGACAGCAGGUAUUGAACGCAAUGCUAUUGGCAAUACAUUGAAAGAUCACAUAAUCUCACUGGGCAUUGUGAGACAGGCAUUGGAAUACAUUACAAUGCAUGCACCAUGUGUGAAGCCCACAUUAAUGCGAACUGACAGUGAUGAUUGGAAAGAAUUCAUUUCAAAGCCAGCUCUAAAGUACAUCUUGCGCUUCCUCACAGGGCUUGCUACUGAACAUGAGCCCACUCAGUUGGCAGUAUCCACAGACUGUAUUCCUAUCAUCCAUCGUUUAGAACAAGUAUCUUCGGAUGAACAUGUAGGUUCACUUGCUGAGAAUCUGCUAGAGGCACUCAGAGCACAUACCAAGGUGGCAAGUCGCAUCGAGGAUGUUCGAGAACAGACACGUGCUGAGAAGAAACGUCUUGCUAUGGCCAUGCGAGAGAAACAGCUUGGGGCUUUAGGCAUGCGCACCAAUGAGAAGGGACAGGUAACUGCAAAAAGCACACUUCUGAUGGAAGAUCUUGGUGAAGAGACUGGUCUUGUAUGUGUGAUUUGUCGGGAGGGAUAUAAGUUCCAACCCAGCAAAGUAUUGGGAGUAUACACAUUUACGAAGAGGUGUAAUGUAGAGGAGUUUGAAUCUAAACCCAGGAAGACAGUUGGCUACAGCACUGUCACACAUUUUAAUGUGGUCCAUGUUGACUGUCACAUGGCUGCUGUCAGACUUGCACGUGCUCGUGACGAGUGGGAGUCAGCAGCAUUACAAAAUGCUAAUACAAAAUGCAAUGGGUUGCUUCCACUAUGGGGUCCGCAGGUGCCUGAAUCGGCAUUCGCAAGCUGCUUGGCACGUCACAACACUUACCUACAGGAAUGCACUGGCCACAGGGAUAUCAGCUAUGCCUCAACAGUGCAUGACCUGAAGCUGUUGCUGUUAAGGUUUGCCCAGGAGAAGAGUUUUCAUGAUGAUACAGGUGGAGGUGGUCCACAGUCAAACAUGCAUAUCAUACCAUACCUCAUUCAUAUGGCGCUCUAUGUCAUCAACACCACUCGUUCUGGUCCUCGAGAAGAUAAGAAUCUGAUGUCCUAUCUAGACAGUACUACACCUGAUAAAUGGUUAGAAUCAUGCUAUGAUGCCGAGGGCCCAUUGUACUGGUCAGUACUUUCACUUUUACUGCAUCCACCAUCUCGCUGGAAGUGCACCCGCCUGUCCCAUUUGCGACGACUUUUGGUCCUUGCUCAAGUUCGCCAUAUCCAACCUGCUGGACCUGCUGCUUCUCGUCUUACAGACCAUACUGUCAAGGAUUAUGGUGUCUACAAGAGUUACAUGAUAUUCUUUGGGCUUAUAGAUGGCAUUUAUGCAAACUACUUUAAGAAAAUAACUGUCAGUAGUGAUGAUCAGUGGCCCUCAACACUAGCUGAUUACAUCCGACAUAAUGAUGAAGCUUUGGUGAAAGCAUCUGAAAGACUGUUUGCAACUUAUCGGGAAGAGUUGUUGCCAUGUUCAUCUUUUGAAGAGCUUUGUGAUAUAUCUGGUCUGUUGGGAGAUGUUACAAAUCCUGGCUCUUUUAUCUCUGAUGUGCUGAAAGGUCUGACUUAGUGCUCUUAUGAGUGCAAUGUAGAAAAAAUUAAAUGCUUUGAAUGGAUUUUGUUUCUUGUUUUUCUGACCACCGUAAGAACUUGCCUUUUGUGUAUUGCAUCAUGUUUACAAAACAAAACAAUUGAACACACUAAGUAUAAUUCAUUAUAAGUUUAUACUUAAAAAAGCAUGGUUAUAAGUCAAAAUGAAUUAUUGUGGUACUUGCUUUUGCUGUGAAACUAGAACAAUGUUAUAUUUAUCUGUAAAUGGCUUCUUAAAGCUGAGUUUGGGGGUUUUAAAAAUAUUAAAAGUCUAGAAUUAAAUGCAGGUUUGGGUUUUUGGAUACAUUGGAUCACAUUCUUCAUAAACAUGAAACUGUAAACCAAUAAAAGAGUUCAUUGCUUGUCUUUUUAAUGGGAGAAAAUAUUUGCUGCUUAAACAGGACACUUAUGUAAUUUUGUUUGCUUUGUUUUGUACACUUAUGAUUAACCACAUAUAUUAUUUGAUCCAUAAAUCAGUGUGUUAGUACUUGUAUAUAGCAAAUUAUGUUUGAUAAGAUUAUGCUGAAUUUAUUACAUCUGUCAGCCAUAGAUAUUUGAAAAUACAGUAUUAAAUCUUAGAAAAUGUUAUUUAAUUUAAAUUGUUUUAUUGUUCUUCAUUUACAGGUUGCAAUAUGAGUUUUCUUUAAUGGUGAUCCUAAUUUCUGUAGAAGUUUUAUGCAAUAAAUGUGGUAAAUAUAAAAUGUAUAUGUGCAUAUGUAUUUUGUAACAUACCUGGCAGCUACAUUAAAAUAAUUCUGUUCAGGUGCA